AUGAGUACGAUAUUUUAGGCAUCUAAUGUAUAGAACUUAUCACUAAGAAAUUCCAAAGUUACUAUUUUAUCAAAAAAUAAAUCAGAUUCAUCAAUCUUAAUAUUUGAUACUGAUUGCCUAGUUUUUAGAGAAUAUUAAUUAACUUGUUUGAAAAUCCAAAGUGUAGUCUGUGAUCCAAAUUUAUAGUUUCUACUAAUGUUUGAAGAAUAAGAAUAGGAUAAAUUAACUAAUCUUUAUUCUGCCUCAUUAGAAAAAUCUUUUACUCCUAUAGCAAAGAUAACAAUUCCAUCUACUAAAUUUAUAAUGGUUGAUUGGUGCAAUAGUAGAAUUUGUGCACUUAUAUUCUAAAAUGACCUCAUCUUAUAUGAUAUUUUUUUAAAUAAAAUCAUCAAGAAAAUAUAAUCCGAUUUUCAUUAAAUUUCAUAAUUUACAAUAUCAAGGAAAUUUGAUUAAAUCUUUUGUGAAUUUUAAUAAAAUAUUAAUACUUCAUUAUGUUUAGUAUUACCUGUUGAAAAUUAGGCUGAAGUAUAAAAGUUUGAUAAUUGUGUGGCUUGUAAAUUAAUGGAAGUAUAAGACUAAGAUUAACUUUUAUUGAUUCAAUAUAAAUCUAAUAAUUUAUUCAUUUUAUUAGCAAAAUUUGAUGAUGGAUUUAAAAUAGAGAGAGAGAUUUAGCAAAAUUUAUCAGAUCCUCCUAAAGGUAUUAGAAAAGUUGGAUACCGAAAAAACAAAAAGGAAAUACUCUUGAUUGAUUCAUCUUCAAAUUUGCACAUUUAUUCAAUAAAUUCUAAUUACUAAAUGUAGUAACAAAUUAAAUGUAUUUCUAAUAUAGUUUAAUUUAAUGUUUCACUUUUAGAUGAAAAUUUAAUAAUGUUAGACAUUAAAAAUCAAUUAAUUUUUGAAAAUUUACCACCAGAUAUAUCAAUAAGACCUCCAUAUCCAGUAUAAUCUUUGACAAUAGCUUCUCAAGUUAAGAAGAGAGCUAUGUAAGGAAUUUUAACUGAUCAAACUAAUCUGUAAUCAUCUGAACUGUUGAUAUAGUAAUAUCAUUAAGAUUUUGAGAACUUAAGCCCAAAAUUUACAAGUUUAGUAAUUUUAAAUCCUUAGUUUCGAUUUUUACCUUUAGUAGAUUAUAGAGUUUUAAACCUUAAUUAUCAAUCAAAUUAAAAAUUCAAGGAAUUAAUUCCUAAGAUGGAAACAUAUGCUGAAACUCAAAGUGUGAAGAAACAUUUAAUUUAAUUAGAAGCUGCUCUUAAUGGAGAUAAUCCAAUUUUAUGUGAAGGUAGUGCUGCUUGUGGUAAAACUUCCAUAAUUUAAUAUUUGGCUUAUAAAAAUAAUUAACCAUUAAUAAUAAUGAAUUUAAGUUCAUUUACUUAAAUUUCUGAUUUCAUAGGUAAAGUUGAAAUUCUACCAGGAUUUAAAUUUGAAUUUUAGCCUGGUCCUUUUGCUUAAGCUGUUUAGGAAGGUUUGUGGAUACUAUUGGAUGAGGCAAAUUUGGCAAGUGAUUCAAUACUCAGGGUUAUUGAAGAUGUUCUUGAACUUGGAUAUAUUACUUUAUAUGGUAGUUCAAUAAACUCUCAUAUAGAUUUAGUUGAUGGAACUUUAACAAUAAAAAAACAUUAAAAUUUUAAAUUAUUUUUAACUUAAAAUCCAGCAACUGAUUAAAAAUUUGCUGCUUCUAGAAAUGUAUUUUCUCCAUCUUUGAUGAGUUAAUUUAUUCCAAUAAAAUUUGAACCAAUGAGUAUGAAUGAUUUAAAUUUUAUAAUUGAUGAAAUUUUAGCAUAAAAAAUACAAGAAUUAAAAGAAGAGCCAGAAGAAAAGAUAUCAAUAUAAUAAUUAUCCUCUUUGAUUAUGAUGAUUUAUGAAGAAAUAAAAUUGAAAAAUAUGGAUGAUGGAUUAUUUACUUUAAGAGAUAUAGUGUAAAUUAUUGAUUUUAUUUUUGUUACUUUUUAAUAAGAUAAGUAGAAAAUUUUUGAAUUAUUACCUUUAAAAGAUUGCAUGAAAUUAAUCUCAACAUAAUUUAUUUAUUUAAAAAAAAAUCGUGAUUUAAUAAAUUAUUAAAUAGAUUAAAACAAAUUUAUUGCUAAUACAAUAGAUAGAUUUGAUUAAACUAAAGAUUAGAGAGAAUAAGAAAUUAGAAAUUGGAAUAAAACUCAAUAAUUAAAAUUUCUCUCAUUUCAUGAAACAUUAUUUUCAAUGUUAACUUUAUGUUAUAAAACAAAACGGGCAGCAUUAGUUGUAGGAUAAUAAUUUUGUGGAAAAUUAUCAAGCAUUCUUCUUUGGUUAAAACUUUAGAAUAUCUAAAAAUAUGAAAUAUUAGAAUUAUCAUCAAGUACAAAUGCAGAAGAUUUAUUUGGAAAAUAUUAACCAACUGCAAAUGGAUUUGAUUUCAUUAUAGGACCAGUCACUAGAUGCUUUCAUUAAGGGAAAGUUUUAAUUCUAAAAAAUUUUGAAGCACCUGAUUGUGCCUUAACAGAAUUAUUAAAUGGAAUUUUGGAAAAGAAAUUUCUUUAAUUAUUAGUUUAGAAUGAAAAAUAUUAAAGACACUAAGAUUUUGCUAUAAUUGCAAUUUCAUCUGAUUUUGCAGAAUUGGAUAAAAAAUUUACACCUGCUUUAAAGAGCAGAUUCUUAAGUAUAUUCUUAGAUUUUAAAGUAAAUAUAUAUGACAUAAUGUUAUUAUUUUAAUUAUCAAAUCUACCUUGUGAUAUUAAAUUUGUAAGUGAUAUUACUUCUAAAUUAAUAAAAUAGAAUGAUAGUAAGAUUUCAACAAAUUCAGAAACAUAAAUUGAAUAAAUAUAAUUUAAUAAGAUAAUAAGAUUUUUAAAACCAAUAUAAGAAAUCUAAAAAUUUACCCAAACUUAAUUUAAUAUUAAUUUAUAACAAAAAGUUAUAGAAUGUAUUGAUUUCUUCAUUGCAUUAAGUUUAUAAGAUAAUUAAUAUCUUUUGAAUGAAAAAACAUAAGUGCCUCUUCAUUAUUAAGAAUUAUAAUCAAAUGAUUGUAAGAAAAAUAAUUUUAUUGUAACUUCAUCAAGGAAAAUAGUUACAGAUAUAAUUGCAAUAGCAGUUGCUGCUAAAAUACCUUUAGUUUUGUAAGGAACAGCAGGUGUUGGAAAAACAAAAGUAAUUUCUACAUUUUAAUAAACUUGUAAAUUAUUUGAAUCUACUUCUUUUCAUUAUAUAAAUUUGAAUUAAAAUACAGACAUUAAUGAUUUAAUGGGAUAAUUUGUAUCAUCUUGUAAUAAAGAUAAAAAAGAAUUUAUAUUAAAAAAAGGCCCAUUAUAUUUAGGUAUGGAGUAAGGUGGGAUAGUUUUAUUAGAUGAAGCUAACUUAUCAGAUGCUAGUAUACUUAAUUUUUUAGCAUCAGUUGCUAAGUAUCCUUCGGAAUUUUAAGAUCCUGUUUCAAAUUAAGUAAUAAAGGUACAUGAAAAAUUUAGAAUAUUUUUUGCUUAAAAUCCUCCAUCAUAUAAUUGUCGAACUGAACUUCCAUAAACAAUGGCUUCUAAAGUUAUAGUUGUUGAGGUUCCAAAUUAUAGUUAUGAAGAAGUAAUUAAAAUUUGUACAGAAUAAUAAUUGCAUAUGUAGAAAGAUUGUAUAAAAUAAGGUAUGGAAUAUUUUUUAACAACAUUAAUACCAUAUCCAUAUGAUGGUAAUGAAAAACUAUUGAAUUUUAAUGGAACAUAAUUUACUUUAAGAUAAUUCAUUAGAUUUAGAAAUAGAUUAGAGAAAACAAAUUUUUCAACAAAAUAACCUAAUUGGGAAAAUAUUUUACAAUUACAUUAGAUGAUACUCUUUCCAAAAGAUGCCUCUGAAGAAUAAAAUUUAGAAAGUAAUAUCAAUUAAAAAUAAUAAUCAUUAUUUUUUUCUAUAAAGAAUAAUAAAGCAGAAUUAGAAAUAUCAUUUUAAAUUGGGAAAAAUUAUAAAAAAUAUUAAUCUGCAGAAUCAAAUCUCAAUUCUAAUUAAAGAUUAGUAUUAUGCAAAAUAGCAUUUUGCUGUUAUUUUAAGGAAAAUAUUUUAAUUACUGGUAGAACAUCAUCAAAAACAUACUUAUCUUAACUAUUUACAUUAGUAGAGUUUUAAAAUCCUUAGCCAUUUGAAUUAAUAUAUAUUAAUUCUGAAACUGAGAUUACAGAUUUAAUAGGGAGUAUGGAAUCUCAUAAUCAAGAAUCUUAUGAAAAAUAUUGUUAGAAUUUAAUUCAAAAGCUAGAUGAUGAAGAAUAGAAAAUAAAUUAAAAUGGAAAAAAUAUUGAAAGUAUUUUUAAAGAAUUAAAGGAAAAAUAUAAUUAAAAAGAGUUCUUUGAUCAAGUUAUUAAAAAUAUUGGUAACCAAUUUCCCUUUAUUGAAAGAGGAUUAACAUUUAGUGCUAGAUUUGGUGGUGUUGCAUGUUUAAAAAAUAUAUCAAUGGCAGAUUAAUCUGUUAUAGAAGGAUUAAAUGCAUUAUUAGAAAUAGAACCACAUUUUAUUGUUAAUGGAUAAGAAAUUAAAUUAAAUAAUGAAUUUUUUGUGAUUGCAAUAUUAAAUACUACUUUUGGAGGUUAAUUAAGUGAUGCAUUAUAAUCAAGACUCACAAAAAUAAAAAUACAAGUUCCAUAACUAAUUAAUUCCUUAAAAAUAUUGGAUACUUCUUAUUAAAACUAUAUUCUUAGUAAAUUUUAAAAAAAGACAGAGAGUGAUUAAAUAAUUUAGUUUAUUUAGAAUCUUCUUAUUAUAACUAAAUAAUUUAAAGAGGUUUACUAUGAAAAUAUAUCUGAUAGAAAAUUUUAUUAAUGGAUGAGUUUUUUGGAUCUGGAUCUGGAUGCAACUAAUUUAUAAAAAUUAGCAUUAGGAUUUUAAUUUACAAUUUUGGAUAAAUAUAGAGAAAAUUAUGAAGAAAUUAUAAAGGAUACAGAUCUUAGAGAACAUUUCAAGCAAGCCGAAAAUAAAAUUUUUUAAAAAUUAAAAGAAAAAUAAUUUUUUAAUUCUUCAAAAAUAAUAGUAAACCCUUCUACUACAAAAAUAUUAUAAAGAAUAUAUUCAGCAAUUUCAACAUAAUAUAUUCCUUGUCUUAUUGGACCCCCUGGAGUUGGAAAAUCUGCAAUUGCAUAAGAAGUUGCUUCAAUAAUUAAAAAGGAACACUGCAGAGUUUGUUGUUCAGAUUCUUUAAGUGUUGAAGAUUUAUUUGGAUCUUAUGCACCAAAGAUUGAUAACAAUAAAGUUGUAUUCAUCUUUCAAGAAGGCUAUUUAGCUUAAGCAUUAUCUUAAAAAAGCUUAAUUUUAUUUGAUGAAGCUAAUUUAGCAUCCCCUGAAGUAUUAAGCACACUUCAGGCUUUAUUUAAUACAGAUGAUAAAGAGAUUAGAAUAAAAGAUAGUAGAUUAAAUAAAGAUAAAUGCGUAUUUCUAUGUUCAAUGAAUCCAUAAUCAUAUGAAGGGAGAUAAGUAUUACCUUAAUGUAUUUAAAAUUUAUUAUGUGAUGUAUAUAUUGAAGCAUUCAGUAUUGAUUAAGUUUUAGAUAUAUUUUAAUAGAGGUAUAAAAAUGAAAUAAAAAAUUUAUAAAAUGCUGGAAUUAAUUUUUAAUAAAUUUUAGAUUUACAUAAAGAACUUGCUUUAUUAGCAUCAUAAAAAUAAUAAUCAAAUUAUGACUUUAAUAUAAGAUUUUUGGAGAAUCUAUUAUAAUUAUUCAGUUAAUAAUUUUUGGAUUAGAGAUAAAAAUUAAGUGAUGAAAGACAUUAAUUAGAAUUAAUAAUUGUUUGUUUAGAUAUUAUAUAUGUAUAACACUUUUAUUAGACAGAAUUUACUAAACAAGCUUUAUAAAUAAUUUUAGAUAAGUUUGGAUUAAGUGAAGAUGAAUGGAUGAAUAGAAGAGUUUUUUUAGAGUAAAAUGCAAAUAUUAUUAAAAUAAGUCGAUAAAUAGGAAAAGAUUUUAAACCUUUAUUUAAUUUUGCAUUAUAAAAUUAGAUACAACCUUAAAUUUCAAAUAAUUCAUUUGUAAUAAAUUUAUAAAAUUCAAUUAUUUUUGAAAAACUCUUUAUAGCAAUUCAAUCUAAAAAAGUAAUAUUAUGUUAAGGAGAUGUUUCAUCAGGAAAAACAUCAUGUAUAAUUAAAAUAGCUAAUCUUUUAAACUAAAGAUUUAUUUUGUUGCCAAUACAUUGUGAUUUAGAAACUGAUGAUUUGCUUGGAAAUUUUGCUUUAGUGAAUCCUAAUUAUGAUUAUAUUUAAUAAGAAUUAGAGAGAGUAGCUUUAAAAUAAAAAUCAAAAUCUAUUCUUAAUAUAUAAUAAAAAAAAGAAAUGAAUAUGAAAUAUAUAGAAGGAGUUUUAAAGAUUUGUUGCAAAUUUGGAUAUUGGUUAAUUUUAGAUAAUAUUAAUUUAGCAAGAGCUGAAAUAGUAGAAAGAUUAAAUUCUUUAGGAGAAGAUACACCUCGUUUAUUUAUUAAUGAAUUUGGAGACUCAAAUGCUUGUAUAAUUCCUCAUAAGAAUUUUCGUUUAAUAUGUUUAUAAAAUCCAUCUAGAUAAGACUCACAUAUAUUAUCCCCUGCUUUUUAUAAUCGAUGUAUUAAGAUUAAUUUCUAAAUUGAUCUUACAGAUAAUUAUAUUGAUAUUAUUGAGAUUUUAACUCGAAGUGGUUUAGGAUAAUAGCUUUAAUUAGAAGAUACUGUUAUUUUAGCAAGUAAUCUAUUGAAGUAAAUCACUUUUAUCAAAGAGCAGUCUUAGUGUUAAAUUAAUCUAAGAAGUGUUAUAAAAGCUUUUAGAAUGAUUCAAGAAAAUGGAGUAAAAUCUUAUGAUUAAAUUAUGGAAAUCAUUUUUGGAUCAGAUUUUAGAGAAUGCAAAAAUCAUCCAGAUUUUCCAAUUUAUGAUUUUAGAUCUUAAACUGAAGUUGAUUCUUUUGUAGAUAAGUGUACGGAUACUAUCUUAAAUAAAUUAAUAUCUAAUUCUUUUUAAAUUGUAAAUUAUGAUUAAACUAGAAAAUUAUUAGAUUUAAAAAAUUUAAGUAAAUUCUUAAAAACACUAUUAGCAAAAAAAGAAAUACAAAAUUAUUAAAAUUUUAUUGAAGGUAUUAGUAAAGAAAUUUUGUUGGUUAAUUGUUAAACAGAGAAUUAAUAUGAUUUAGGAUGUUAUGAAAUUCAAGUUAAUGGAGAUUUAAAUAUUUAAUUAUGUUUGGAAACUCUUAAAAUAUAACCUACCUUUUUGUCUUUGUACAUAAAAAACAAAGAAUUGUUAAAAUUUAUACUGAAAUCAAAAUGUUAAUUCUAGUAAUAUAUAUUUGUAGCUGAAGCAAGAUUAAAUUCUGAAGGCUAAUUGUUGAUUUAAUUUUAAUAAUCUAAUGAUAUAUCUUUGGUUCCUUUGAUUAAAUCUCUUAUAGGACCAUCUCAUUAAUUAUUUUUUAAGACUUUUAAACAUCUUUUAUCUAAAGCCGAUAUUGAAUGUUUAUUAUUACUAGAUUAAAAUACAGAAAUUUUCUUUAACUUCAAUUUAAAUGAUUAUACAUUUUCUAAUACAAAUUGUAAAUUUAAAGAUAUUUCUGGAAAAUUCAUCGUUAACAAGGAAAAUAUCACAACUUAAUUUUACCUAAGCUGUGAUUUACAUCUUGAAUUAAAUUAUUAUUUUAUUAAGAAAGGUAAAUUUGGUAGAAUCAAUGAUUUAAUUUCACUUAGAGGAGAAAUAUGUAUUCCAUAAUAAAAUAUAGUAUAAAUGUUUUUAGAUUAUGGUUGUUAUAGCUUAAUUUCUAAUAUCUAUAUUUCUCUUAGUGAAAAUUUUGUCCCAUAUUUAGAUCUUGAGGAAAAAAAAAUAAAAUUAUCCCUUGAGUGUGAAGAAUUUAUUCAAAUAUAUAAGUUACCAUUUUAGCUUAAAUUCAAUAAAAUAUUAAUAGAUAUUCUACUAAAAUAAUAAAUUACCAUAAAUGGAAAUAUUAAUUGUUCUUUUCAGAUACUUAAUUAAAAUAUUUGUAAUUUAAGAGCAAUUAUUCAAAAGAAAAAAAUAUUAUUCUAAUUACUUGAUGGAUAAAACAAAAAUAAUUCUUAAAAAAUAUUAUAAUAAUUUCUUUUGAACUAUUUUGAUAAAGAUAACAUUUUUAUGUCUAAUCUUUCAUAAAAUAAAAAUACAACUAUAAAAUAAUUAGAAAUAAUUACUAAUUCAAUUUGUUGGAAUUAUUAAUUAAUUUUUGAAUUUAAUUGGAUAAUUAAAAUUUUUAAGAUUAUUGAUUUUUAAAUAAAAACUAUGGAUAUUUAUUGUCAUAUUGAUGAAAAAAAUAAAUAAUUUACAAUAUGUUUUACAGCUGAAAUUCUUAAAUUCAUAUUUGAAAUUGAGGUAGAGUUUGACUUUUUGGAUUUAUUUUGUUAAAAUAAAAAAAAGAUUUUACUAAUGAAAUUAAUAAAAGGAAAGAAUACCCCAAAGUUAAAAGAAAUAAUUGCUGCCUUAUCAACUGACUUGGAAAAACAAUUCUCAAAAAUUUAAGGAUUUGAAAAAGUGGAAACAAUUUAAUUUUAGUAAAAAAAGAGUUCUUAAUAGAUUUUUAAUUUAAAUGAAUUUAAAAAAUUAGGAUUAGGCCUUUAUAAUUAAUUUGAAAAGGAAGCUCAUUAGAUGCAAUCUCAUGAUUAUAAUUCUGAAGAAGUUAAAUUAUAAAAAGAAAAAUUUUAAUCUAAUUUAGAAUAAAAAAUAGAAUAAGAAUUAAAAAAAAAAUAACCAGAAAAUUACAAUUAGGAAGAGCCAGAAAAUGAAAAUGAGAAACAGAUUUAAGAAUCAGUUAUUAUAUGGGGUAAAUAAAUUAAGAUGAAAUUUAGAGUAGAUCUAUAGGAUUCAUGGAAAAUAUCUAAAUUCUUAUGUCUUAGUAAAUGUUAUUUAAAAAUUAUUGGUUUGAAUGAAAAUUUUGAGUUAAAUUUAAAAGGAACAAUAAUAUUUAUAGAAUUUCCUCUAGUUAAAUUUAAAAAUUUGUUGUCCCCAGAAAGCUCAUUCAAUUUAGAUAUAGAAAAAAAAAUUUUACUACAAGAUAUUGAUCCUAUUACAUUUGGUUUUGGCUUGUUUGGACUUUAAUUCGAAGAAAUAAAAAUAAUUCCAAAAGUAAAUAAAAUUGUCAAAUUUUAUUAUGACAUGCAAACUAAUGAAUUUGAAGGGGAUUUGUAAUGUUAGAAUUUUAUUAAUUAAUAUCAUCAAUCUGGUUUAGAAUUUUUAAACAUUUAAUUAAUUUUUAAUUAAUAUAGAGAUAGAAGUUGUUAUGCGAAUUUAAAAAUAAGAACAGUUUUUUUUAAGUAAUAAAUAGAUUUUCUUUUAGAAUUUUAGGACUAUUUAUAUUAAGAACAAAAGACAUAACUAAAAAUAAAUUCUUAUGAAAUAAAAAAUUUUAAUCUUAAUUAAUUCAUAAACAAUAGUGUAAGAAUAAAUAUUAAUGAAGAAGAAGCAAAAUUUGAGGUAAAUCGAUUUACAUUUAUUUUACUAUUAGAAAAGAAUCAACAGUGGUAAUACAUUGUUCAAUUACUAAUUGAUGAAAGUUCAUGCAAAAUUUUAGAUUUCAUAGAAUUAUAAUAAUUGAAUGGUUAUUUAGAUUAUAGGAAUAAUAAUUGGGAAUAAAGUUGUUUAUCAGGAGAAUGUUACAUAAAAAAUAUUUUUUUGGGUACUUUUGAUCUAAAAUUGAAUUAGAAAAAGAGAGGGUUUUAUUGUGAUUUUCAAUAUCAUAAAGAUUUUAAGUUGAGCAAAUUUUUCAGAUCAUUUUUCAAGAAAUAAAUUGAUCUCUAUUGUUUUAGAAAAAUAAAUUUUGAUAAUCUAGAGAUUGAGUUGGAAUUGAAUCAUAAUUCUACUCUAUUUACCUUUUUUUAUGAAGUGAAGGAAUAUAGUUUAACAAAUUAUUUAAUGUUGGAAAAUAUUAACACUUAUUUUUCUAAUGAAGAUGAUAAUGAAUAUCGAGAAUUAAUAUUGAGAUUUGAUUUUAAGUUGUGUGAUGAUUUUAAGUAAAAAAACUUAAGUAUAGAUCUUUUAAAAGACACUUAAAAUUUUGUGUCAUAAUUUGAGCUAGAGGAAUUAGAUUUACUUAAAUUUUUAUAAAAGUUGAAUUAGUAUUUUGAUUUUUAGAUACCUCUAUAUGAAUAUUUUUAAAAUCUAAAGUUGAUGUAAAUGAAAUGUAAUUUAACAUUAACAAAGAAUUGUAAAUUUUAAAGUCUAAUUAUUGAGAAUUAACAUAUAUUAUCAUGGAAAAAUUUAAUAGUUUAAUUCAAAUAAGUUGAUCUAUAAUUGUAAUUAGAUUCAUAAUAAAAAUUAAAAUUGAAUUUUGAAGUAGAGAUUUUUAACAUUCCAUUUUCUAUUUAAUAUGACUAAUCCAAUAAAGCAUUUAAAUUUAUAAUAAAAGAAACAAAUCAACUAAGUGCAAAAAAAAUAUUUGCCUAUAUUGAGUAAAUAAAAAAAAUUUAAUUCUAUGAAGAGUUACUUGACGAAUUUUCGAUAACAGAUUAAAUACUCUAAUUAAUUGAUUUAAGCAGUAAAAAUAACAACAUAUAUCUCAAAUUAUAAUAAUCAUAUUAUAAUAUCAAUCUUUAUUAUAAAUUUUUAUCUCAAACUUUAAUUUUCUAAUAUGAAUUUGAUAAUAAAAAGAAGUUUCAAGAUAUUAUUUCACAUUUAUCAUAAUUAGAUUAUGUAUUGAAAUUAGAAAAUGCCGACUGCUUGAUUAUAUAUACAAGUGAAAAAAACAAGACAGAUAUCACAUAAUUACAAGAAAAUACCAGUUAUAAAAAUUAUUUGAAAUUUUUUGAAUAGUAAUAAAUUUCUAAACCAGGAAUUAGUUGUUUUGCAGAUUGUUAAACUCAAAUCUCAUCACAUCAUUAAUAAACAUUAAUAUUUCUACAAAAAAAAAUUGAUUUAUAAAUCUCUUACUAAGAAGGUAAAUUUAUUCUUGCAGAAAGUCAAGAUACAUACUAUAAAAAUGUAAAUUUUAAUUGCCAAUUUAAUAUUAAGUUAUAACAUAAAAAUUAUUUUUAUAUUUAAUUAGAGAUGAAAUAAUUUUAUAGAGAUUUUGGAAGGCUAAUGUAUAAAGGUCAGAUAAAAGUUGAUAAUAAUUCAUUAGAAGGUUAGUUAGAUCUAUUAUAUAAAGAGCCAUUUGCAAUAAAUGGGAUUGAGUUUAAAGGAUAAUUUUAAUUAAAAGUUAAAGAAUAAAAGAUAAUUUAAUCUGUUGGAAAUUUAACAGGAAAAAUACAUGAUAAUGAUGUCAAUGUCAUUCUUUUUAAUUAUGAUAAUUUUAUUCCAAAAGCAUGGGCUGUUGUUAUUUCUAAUACAAUUUUUUACAACUCAUUAUAAAUAUUUGGUAUGAAUAGAAUUUUCCCAAAAGAUUUUGUAGAAAUAUUUGAAAGAACACAAAGAAUAUUGUUUAUCCAUGGGCAAAUAGAUAUUGAUCUUAAAAAUCCUAAUUUUCCUCCAGAAUUAAUGUAGAAAUUAUCGGAUACUAAAUUUACAAUACUUUUGGAAAAAUUUGGUUCUCUUGAUUUUUCAAAAUUUAAAAUUUAAUUUAAAGAUUUAGAAACAACACCUAUAUCUUGGAAAAGUUAUAGUCCUGUUUUCAUAAUGAUUAAAGACGAAGAAGAAAAUUAAAAUUUUGUUUCAUAAACUUCUCUAUUAUUCAAUAAUGGAAAUACAUUUAUUGGAAAAGGCUAACUGAAAUUUUAUUUUUCAAAUUUAUUAACAGAUUGCGAUCUAACUUACAAAAUUGAUGUAUUAACAGGGAAGUUUGAUUGUGAAGCAGAUUUCUCUAUUGAAAUAUUUGGAUUCAAACAAAAAUUAAUGUCAAAAUACAUAUUAGGGUAAGGUUUUCCUCUAAGUUUUAAUUUAUAAAAGGAAAUAUAUUUUUUAGAAUUUAACUUUAGUUACUUUUUACAUAAAUUUAAAGGAAGUAUUGAAUUAAAUUUGUUUGAAGAUAUUACUAAAUGGAUAUAUAUAAAUAAAUUGGGUUUUGAAUUUGGUUUUGAUCCUACAUAUUUUACUCUUGGCAUUUAAUGUAAUUUUAUUGUAUCUUUUAAAUUUGAAAACAGCGAAAAGGAAUAUAAUUACCGUAAGCCAGUUGAUUGGAAUUGGUAGGCAAUUAUGGGUUUAUUAGAUAAUUUGAAUGGUUUAAAAUAUUAUCUAAUUUAAUUAUUUUAUCAAAUAGAUUUAAGUUUUGACCUCUUUGGAAUAAAAUGGUUUCCAUAAUUGAAAAUAAAGCUUGAUGAUUAUUAUAUAAAAUAAAAGAUAUAUAAUCACAAAACAGAACUUUAGACUUUGUUUAAAAGUAGUUUUGAUGUCGAUAUUUCUGAUGAACUAAAUAAAAUUGAAAAAGAAGUAGAUUAUUGUAAGCAAUAAAUAAGAGAAGCAGAAGAAAAAGAACGUGAAAAAAUACAACAAGAAAAUAACAAAAAGGAUUAAUAAGAUAAUGAAAAAGAUAAAGAAAAAGUUUAUAUCGAUGAAUAAACAAAUAAUGAUAAGAUGGGAUUAAAAAGAUCAUCAUCACCCAAUAAUACUGACAGAUAAUCAACAUCAUAAUCAAAUUCUAAUAAAUAAUAAUCGACAUAAUCAUCAAAUGAAAAUAAUAAUUAAUAGUCAUCAUCAUCAAAUUAUAAUUGUGGAUAAGAAACAGAAAAAUCAUCAAAUUAAAAUAAUAAAUAAUCAUCAUAAUAAUCAUAAUCAUCAAAUUCUAAUAAUGAAUAAUCAAAAUCAUCACUAAACUAAAAUAAUAAAUCUUCGACAUCAAAUUCUAAUAAUGGAUAAUCAAAAGUAUNUCUAAUACAAUUUUUUACAACUCAUUAUAAAUAUUUGGUAUGA